AUUCACUCACCCCUCGCUGUCGGUGGAAGGCACAUCCUGCACUGUAAAGUUUUGGGCAAAAGUGCAAUUUUCUUUCUCAAGGUGCUACACACGAAACAAAACGGAUACUUCAAACUGUCUAUCGAAGCCCUGUGCGCAUUUCUGUCUACGGAUUUUACAUCGGAAUUUCUUGUAACUAUUUUAUUCUUUGGGGAGUUUGUCAUUAUAGGACUGUACAACUAUGGAGUUAUGCGCUGCGUGAGGAGUGGCAUUGAGGAGACACCAAAGCCAUGGUAAAAUGGGAUACAGUCAGUCUGGCUCUAAAUAAAAGUUACAAGAAAUUCUAAGGUGAGAUGUUUCACUUUUUCAUUUCGGUUCAGGUCAUACCAUGUUUGAUGUGGGUAAAGAUGCGUUCAUACAGUGUGCACUAAUUUCGCGCAAAGUCUAUCCAUUUUCUCUACUGUGAAGUAUUUUGUCAGAGAUCCCCUUUUCAUUUGUGUUUGGGUACUACUGAAAUAGGCCUAUAAUGAAUCUGUAACCCUCGACCAGCUCCAGUGAUAGGAACACUUUGUGGUGGAUGGAUGCGCAGCUGAAGAUGGACCGUCCCGCCACGUUCAUAUUGAUUCUGUCGGUGCUGAUGGUGCCAGUUACAAGUCUCCCCUGCCCGCGCCCGUGUACGUGCCCUCAGGCCACAGAGGUGCACUGCACGUUCCGUUCCCUGCUCACGGUGCCCGCCGGCAUACCCAGACAAGUGGAGCGCAUGAACCUGGGGUAAGCCUGGUGGAUUGGCUUUAUUCAAUGACCCGCAAUGAGACCAUAGGCCUAAAAAACAGGCAUCAUACACAAUAACUUAUACCUUUAGACCUACACUAUGUGUAAAAUGUGAAAUGAAUAAAAGUAUAAGAUUUGUAUUUAUGCAUGUGCAUUGUAGGUCAAUAAAAAUAAACAAUAAGCAAUCAAAUAUUCACUUUUCAUUAGAGGCCUUUAGAAUUGUUUACAGUUCAGUACUUAUUCAAAUGUGCUGAGCAUGUGACUGAAAUUAAUCUCUAUGCAACUCACAAGUAAAUAUGCAUAAUGCAAUAUGCCUACAGUGAAGUCUGAUCUAAUCUUAUUAUAUGCUUAUUGUAUACCCCAUGCUUUUUAAUGAGUCAUUUCACAUAUGAGCUUUAGCCAUAUCUUAAAAAGAACAGAAAGGCCCACCCACUUUAUAUAUUCCCAACUACCACCUUUAUUGACAACGUUUUGAUCCCAAGGUCUUAAGUUCCAUCAGGUUUUUCACAAUUUCUUCUUAUAUAGUCAGAAAUGAAGGCACUUUGCUCCACAAAGAACAAGUCAAGUAAGUUAAUAGUCAGUCAUGAAUUGCUUGUGUCGCUGUUGUUUCCUAUAGGUUUAACACCAUACACCGUGUGACUCAGACCUCUCUGGCUGGGCUGAGGAAGCUGGAGCUUCUGAUGAUGCAUGGGAAUGAUCUCCACAACAUUCCUAACGGGGCCUUUAGGGAUCUCAUGUCCUUACAGGUACAGUAAUAAACAGGAAAUGUUGAUUAGCAUGAAAUAUCACCUCAGUACCGUAUAAUAGGAUAUACAGUAUAGUACCACGCAAUUGUUCCAUUCCAUUAUUAUUUUCUACUCUAUUCUACUAUACUCUAUUCCAGAGUUUCCCAAACUCGGUCCUGCACCCUGGGGCCCCCCUGGGUGCACGUUUUGGUUUUUGCCCUAGCACUACACAGCUGAUUCAAAUAAUCAAAGCUUGAUGAUGAGUUGGUUUAUUUGAAUCAGCUGUGUAGUGCUAGGGCAAAAACCAAAACGUGCACCCACGGGGGGUCCCAGGACCAAGUUUGGGAAACCCUGCUCUAUUCUAUUAGAAUGAUAACUCACUCACCUCUGGUGUUCUUCCCCUCAGAUGCUGAAGAUUAGCUAUAACAAACUGAAGGAGAUCAACAGACACACUCUCCAUGGUCUGUGGUCUCUGACCAGACUACACCUGGACCACAACCGUCUGGAGUUCAUUCACCCAGACACCUUCCAGGGCCUCACCUCCCUACGCCUCGUACAGCUGGAGGGGAACAGACUGCAGCAGCUCCACCCCUCUACCUUUUCCACCUUCUCCAUGAUGGGACACUUCCACGUCUCCACCCUCAGGUGAAGCCUAGCAUGAUGAACUAACUACAGUACCCAUAAUUCUUUGGACAAUAUCUGGUUUUAUCUUAGUAUCGGGCACUUUCUCAAUUCAGCUUUCCUCUAUUCUUUGCGUCCUCUCUCCUUACCCGCCUUCUCAAAACCCAUUGGAGAAGAAGGUCAGAGGGGCGGGACCUUAUAUAUUCUCUAAUGCAGUUGAAAAUGAGGCAAGGAAAUAGGAUGUGAGGAUUCACGGAAAGAGGAAUUGAGAUGGAGCCAAGAUGUUCCUGAAGCUAAUGUUAUAAUGUCCCUCCUGUCUCCUUAUCGAUAAAUCAGGCACCUGUACCUGUCAGAGAACAGGCUGACCUCACUGCCCCAGAAGCUGCUGGGAGGAAUGCCCCAGCUGGAGAACCUCUUCCUGCAUGGGAACCCCUGGACAUGUGACUGCAGGAUGAAGUGGUUCCCCGACUGGGACAAAAACUCACCAGGUUAUGUAUUUUAUUUACUAGCUACUCAGUGAAUGUACGUAUUCAUCAGUGAUGACAGAUACAAUUGGAUCAAUGCUCGAAGCAUAAUGCAGCUGUCAUUUUAUACAUUUGUGCCUUGAAAAUGUAUGUCCAAAACUCGGAAUAAUGAUGUUAAUGUUCCUUCUCGUGUUCCUUUCUUCAUAGGUGUGCUGAAGUGUAAAAAGGACAGGGCCUACCCAGGAGGUCAGCUCUGCCCUGUGUGUUCCUCCCCAAAGAAUUCACGAAUGAAAGACGUCUUGGGCCUGGACAACCUGGUCUGCUCCAGCCCCGUUAUCACCUCCCCUGAUCGACCUACGACCCCAGAGGACACAGAGACAGAGGUCAUGACCCUGGAGGAGUUCAAGGGGCCGUUUGGCAACAUUACCCUAGGCCUGACGGACGAGCAUGGGAACAAAGUGGAUCUGGAGUGCAGCGUCGGGGAGCCCCGCAGGGAGUCGUCUAAGGUCAGCUGGGAGCAGGUCAACCCUCUGCGGCUGGCCUCUAAUGUGAGUGUCUCCGUGGAUCUGGAGUGUCCCAUCAACAGGGACAAUUAUGAGAGACUCUGGAGGCUGAUCGCCUACUAUAGCGACACGGCCGCUCACCUGCAGAGAGAGAUCAUGCUGUCUAAGGAGCCAGUGUCCAGCUACAGGUAGGCUGGAUUAAGAAACCGCUUUGUAACUGAUCAUUAUGGGCCAAAUUCUAACUUCUACUUGAGUAACAUUUUGCUUAGUCAUGCAUUGACAUCAAUGCAAGUGAACAUUUGUGGAAGCUAGGAUUUGCCCCUAUGUGAUUAUUAUGUGAUUUAAUAUGUUCAUUUCAGAGUGGUCCUCAAUACAGAGCAGGGGUGUCAAACUAAUUUUCCCCCACGGGCCGCAUUCGGUCUUCACCGAGGUCUGGAGGGCCGCACUUAACAUGUAUUAUAUUUCCUCGCCAUCAAAAUGUGCAAAAAAUAGUCUUCACUCUAUUUUUCAAUGCUCCCUGACUGUCUAGCUUUCGUUUCCAUGACAGUUAGCUAGCUGGACAGAGUAACGUGACUGUAAGUGUAGGUCCAUUAUCAUUUCUACACAGUCUCGAUUUGGUUUUAGUAAUUUCAAUGUUGAUUGAGCGUUUUUUCCACAAAAAUAAAAAUGUUAAUAAUAAUCAAACCACCCCGGAUUGAAUGGGCCUUGAGUUCAACACAUGAUAUAGAGCAUCUAAUUUCAUAUUAUUAUGUUAUGUUUUGUUAUGUUAUCUUAUGUUAUGUGUUAUAUCUUUCUAAUAAACUCAAACUUCUUGACCUCCAGAUACAGGCAGGACCUGGAGAGAGACGCGCUGUACUAUACAGGCGUCAAGGCUGACAUGGUAGCUCAACCAUCCUGGCUGAUGCAGAGCUCUGUGGACCUGCAGCUGAACAGGCCCCAGUCCACUGGGAAGAGCGUCAAGCUGAUCCUCAGCACCCGCCUCACACAGACCGUGGACCUCGAGCUGGAGCGCAGACACCGCAGGACAUGGGUCAUGAUAGAGAACACAAACACUACCAGGACGGUGCUGAGUGUUGUAGUGGGCAGUCCUGCUGUAAUGGACUGUAACGUGUUGAGCUCAGGAGACACGGUGGUUCGCUGGAUGCUGCCAGACGGGAACCAGCUGGAGGCACCGUACAGCAGCCCAGACAAUAGGGUGUCAGUGUCGAACACCGGUAGGUUGGAUAUUAAAGCUGUAGGACACUCAGACUCAGGGAUAUAUUACUGUAUCGCCCAGGUCUCUGAUGACCUCAGUGUCCUCCCUUUCCGCCUGGCGGUCGAGGAGUCCUCCAGUCCUCCCCCUCUUGGAGGGGAUGAGACGGCGCCUACCCCCGUAGAGGGGUUCACCGGUGUCCCUCUCACCCUGAACUGUGUCGUGUCUGGCUCUCCUGACCCUGAGAUUAACUGGAUCCUUCCUGACAGCAACAUAGUGAGUCACAGAGCCAACUCUUCUAGAGCUCUGGUGUAUUCCAACGGAACUCUGAGAGUCUCAGAGAGUCGACUGACAGACAGUGGAUAUUAUAAGUGUGUGGCGAUGAACCAGCAUGGUGUAUAUUCCCUGGCUACUAAGGUGACUCUCACCAGACAGUUAGGAGCAGAGAUACGACCACUGAGGAGAAUGAGGCCACAGUCUGCUUCAGGGGUCAACACCAGGGUCAAAGCCCCCAUGGAGGACACUGAGGAGGCAUCAGGGGACGAUGAGGACACACAGGAGGAAGUUCCCUCCUCGUCUUCCUCGUCUUCCUCCUCCUCCUCAUCCCCGAGCCGUGUGGAGCUCAUGAAUCGGCGGAGAGGUCAAAGUUCAAACAGGGGUGGUGGACAUCCAUUUAGAAACACAUGGAGACGACCUGCUGUACCUAGAAAACCAACCACGGCAGGGACAGAUUAUAAAGACAAGAAAAACACAGUGGAGACGAGAAGGAGGAUUAACGUGGCAAACAAAAAUAUAGACCCAGAGAAGUGGGCGGACAUUUUGGCCAAAAUCCGUGACAAGAACGGACAGGGUAACACUAACAUAACACCCAGCUCAACUCACCUCACCACAAAGAAGAAGCAGGAGUCAACGACAACAGCCAAAGCUAAGCAGACAGAGUCUCCGGACAACAUAGAGGGAUCAACAGUAGACCUACAUGAGGAAGAGGAGGAGGAGCUAAACACACCCACUACUAUACCGCAUACACCCACUCGACACACUACUUACACCACAGACUCAGACGCCGAUACAGCCACAAAUCGUGCACAUUUCACGCAGCCGGUCACAGAGCCUGUCACAUCUGUUCCCCAGCAGCUCAGUAACACUGUCACACACACAGAGACGCAAGGCAGGCACACAGUCGCACACACACACUCCCAGACCCUGGGCCAGCUGCAUAUGAACGUCUGGACCAGUUCUUCAUACGACGAUUCUUUACAAGGAGAAAAUCAAAGCACCACCACCACCGCUAUGACUACAGAUGGUGAUACGGUUACAAAGUCUGAUAUCUCACCCACGUCUGAGUAUAAUCAGGGGGCGGAAGACGCUAACGAACCCAGUGUUGUUAACAGCUAUAAUGAAGGAGGUGAAGCAUAUUUAGACAGAGCUGAACUUGACCCAUCAAUCACCACCACCACAGUUAGAGGGGACUCUGAAUCGGAAACAGAGAGAGAUGAAUUUGAUCACUCUUUCACUGAGACUGAGAGCACAACAGCUAAACUAGACACACAUACUCAGCUAAAGCAGCAUACAACGUCUAAUAUAACCCAUCUUCCACUCACCACACCCUCUCCCACAACCGAGCUCACUUCAGCUGUGAAUAUGAGGAAGGAAACUCCAGGUGAGGUGUAUACUCGACUCAGAAACCAGAACUCCAGGAGGAGGAAUGGGGGUGGGGGCAGGAGAAGACGGCCCAAUACAGGUAGAAAGAAGCCAAAGCCUGAGAAUCCAUUGAGAAGUGAUUUUACAUCUACAGCCAUACCUAAGUACACCCUCCCAACAACUACCAAGGCAACCACUGCCACAUGGACUAAAAUAGAAACAUCCGACAAGUCCAAAAGCAUGACGGCCAGGUUUAAUACCGCAGUUCCAUCGACGGGAAGCCAAGCAACGUCAUCAGGCAGAGUGAGUCACCAAGAGAACACAGGAGUCUCUUUAUACGACGACAGGAUUGACCCUUCAGUGAAACCUACAACACGCUCCAAGACAAAGGACACCCUUUCACCACACGCCAAACCACUGUCCAGGAGCACAACUGCCCCAACGGCGUCUCCUACAACCUCUAUAACAGAAACAUAUAAACAAACAUCCCAGAACAGCCAUCACAUAACAGCCCCAGCCCCAGAAGGAGCCUCUCAGACUCCAAACACUCAGAGCCCAGUCCCAGAGCGCUCGAAUGUGCCCACAGCAGCCAGUCAGGGGAAAUUUACAAGCAUCCCCAUUCCUGCAGUUCCUGCAGAGACAACACAAAGGGGAGGCAGCGUUACUGUAGACCUUCGCCCUGUUCCAAGUCCUGACAAGUCCCCGGAGAAUCCCGACACUCGACCGGGAGUGCUACCAGAUGGACAGCUCAACACACCAGACUAUCGAGAUACAACUGGUACUACUGAGGUUAAAAAGGUGCCGGUCAAAGAGAUUGACAGCGUGUCUCCAUCUAUCCGCCAUGAAAUAACCAGAGCACACGGCACAACACACGCCCCGGGUACCUCAACAAAAGAGUCCUUUCAUGAGGAGGCAGGACAUGAGAGGGCUCGGGUUAGCACCACUGAAAGGCUGGUGACAUCUGAAAGCUCUUAUCACGGAUCUGGUCCCGCUAAAACAGUCACUGUUAAGCCCGGAACAAUCUUUGAUGGGCGCUAUAACAUCAGAGAAAGCACUUCCACCACAGGCAAAGACCGAACACCAGUGGAAAAUGUUGCAGUUUCUGUUGCUGCUAAUACAACAAAGGAUGUUACUCCAACUAUGACACCUGUCACCUCCACAUCAGUUAGGACAUCCGUAGUAUUCCCCUCUAGGGUGAGGCCUCAGAUCCCUGUACUAAACACUCCAUCCACUAGGGUCAGGACCCAACCUUCAUCCAGAACAGUGGAGGCUCCCUCCAACUCCAACCACAUCCCAGACAGUCACAGAGAGAGAGUCCUCAUCUCUCAACCCGACCAGAGGAACAACCCUAUCCUCAACAGAGGAGACUCCAUCCUAAUCACCAGAUCUGACCCCAACAGACCACCACCCGACUCCCACACCACUACUAAACUAGAGUCAACUGACAUCAAGCCUGAUCCAGUCACCGGUGUUAAACCAACCACCACAGAACCCAAAACACCCCACAGGACAGUCACAAACACAAACACCCAGACGGUUAAACAGACGACCACUACAACCACUCUCGCUCCCACCACCACAAAGCGCAUUUCUCAGACUUCAUCAGUGUCUUCAUCGAGGCCUCAGAGUCCGUCCAGGGGGGGCCAGAGGACAGAGACCCCCACCCAGACACAAGGGGUAUCAGGUGGGGUGUCGGGAGGGGGUCAGAGACCCUCCGUAGCAGGGCCUGAUGUAAGAGGGAAGCCCCAGAUCACCAAUGUGGAUGUGCAGACAGUGACAGUGAAUGCAGAGAUGGAUGCACAGCUACCCUGUGUGGCUGUAGGGGAGCCCAAACCCUUCCUCUCCUGGACUAGAGUCUCCACUGGUAUGUAUAACAGUACUUCCUUUUCUGUUCUCCUCUCAUCAUAGAAGAUCCUCCUUCACCCUCUGUUACAAAAUCAUACAACUGUAUGUAAGCCUGUUAAUGUAAGAAAAAAGGAGAACCCUAUUUGUAACGAUAUAAGCUAUGCUCCAUUCCUAUGUGUUUCAACAGACAACAUGUCUUUAACCGUAUAUUAUUUUCAUUCAUGCAGGAGCCACAGUAGCCCAGAACACUCGGGUCCAGAGGUUCGAGGUGCAUCUCAACGGCACGUUUAUCAUCCGUAACACCCAGCCCCAGGACCGAGGCCAGUACCUCUGUAUGGUCCAGAACCAGUACGGCGUGGACAAGAUGGUGGUCACCCUGAUGGUUCUGGCCCAGCAUCCCAGAGUGCUCCAGCCGCGCUUCCGCGAUGCCACCGUGUACCACGGAGACGGCAUCGAUCUGGAGUGCCAGGUACAGGGACACCCCAUGCCGCGGGUCACCUGGGUGCUGCCUGACAGGGUCCACCUCGCUGCCCCCCCUUCCCAGGGCCCUUCCAACCCAGCCAGUGGCCCCCAGCCCGGCCCUCAGUCUGGCCCCAAGCGCGUGACCCUCCUCAGUAACGGUACUCUCCGAAUAACCCAGGCUAGCUACAUAGACAGAGGGAUCUAUAAAUGUAUCGGCAGCAGCGCGGCGGGGGCCGAUACAGUUUCUGUCCGUCUCCAUGUGGCAGCCUUGCCUCCAGUCAUCCAACAACCUCGCUAUGAGAACAUGUCCCUCCCCGAGGGCAGCACAGCCUACAUCCACUGCACCGCCAAAGGAGCCCCUACGCCCAUCAUCCGCUGGUCCACGCCCGACGGAGUCCAGCUUCUCGCCACACAGUUUGUCAACGGACGUAAUUUCUUUGUCUUCCCCAACGGGACCCUGUACGUCCGUGGGCUAGGCCAAGACGACGCGGGGAGAUAUGAGUGUGUGGCCAGUAAUGCGGUAGGAGCCUCCAGGAGAACCAGUAUUCUGACAGUACUGAGGCUCCCAUCCUCCACCAAGGCCAGGAUUACCUCCUCGUCUCCCCAGAGGACUGACGUGGUCUAUGGGGGGCUGUUGAGGCUCGACUGCAUCGCCACAGGAAAGCCAGAGCCCAGGAUCGUCUGGAGGACUCCCUCUAAGAAACUAGUGGAUUCCCAGUACAGGUAUGCAUUUCUGGCAUCUUUUUCACUCACUGUCUAAUAUGCCCUUCAGACCGUUGUCUGUAUGUACAGUGCCUUCAGAAAGUAUUCAUACCUUUGACUUUUUCCACAUUUUGUUGUGUUACAGCCUGAAUUUAAAAUUGAUUAAAUUGAGAUUUUGUGUCACUGGCCUACACACAAUACCCCAUUAUCUCAAAGUGGAAUUAUGUUUUUAGAAAUCUUUACAAAUUGAUUAAAAAUGAAACGCUGAAGUAUUCAACCCCUUUGUUAUGGCAAGCCUAAAUAAGUUCAGGAGUAAAAAUGUGCUUAACAAGUCACAUAUGUUCCAUGGACUGUGUGCAAUAAUAGUGUUUAACAUGAUUUUUGAAUGACUACCUCAUCUUUGUACCCCACAAAUAUAAUUAUCUGUAAGGUCCCUCAGUCGAGCAAUGAAUUUCAAACACGGAUUCAAUCACAAAGACCAGGGAGGUUAUCCAAUGCCUCGCAAAGAAAGGCAUCUAUUGGUAGAUGGGUAAACAUUUAAAAGCAGACAUUGAAUAUCCCUUUGAGCAUGGUGAAGUUAUUAAUUAUACUUUGGAUGUUGUAUCAAUACACCCAUUCACUACAAAGAUACAGGCAUCCUUCCUGCCAGAGAGGAAGGAAACCGCUCAGGGAUUUCACCACGAGGCCAAUGGUGACUUUAAAACAGUUACAGAGUUUAAUGGCUGUGAUAGGAGAAAACUGAGGAUGGAUCAACAACAUUGUAGUUACUCCACAAUAGUAACCUAAAUGACAGAGUGAAAAGAAGGAAGCCUGUAUAGAAUUAAAAUAUUCCAAAACAUGCAUUCUGUUUGCAAUAAGGCACUAAAGUAAAACUAAAAAAUGUGGCAAAGAAAUUAACUUUUGUCCUGGAUACAAAGCGUUGUGUUUGUGGGCAAAUCCAACACAACACAUCACUGAGUACCACUCUUCAUAUUGUCAAGCAGACUGGAUUUUUUAGGUGGCUGCAUCAUGUUAUGGGUAUGCUUGUCAUUGGCAAGGGAGUUUUUUUGGAUAAAAAGAAACAGAAUAGAGAUAAGCACAGGCAAAAUCCUAAAGGAAAACCUGGUUCAGUCUGCUUUCCAACAGACACUGGGAGUCAAGUUCACCUUUCAGUAGGACAAUAACCUAAAACACAAGGCCAAAUAUACACUGGAGUUGCUUACCAAGACAACAUUGAAUGUUCCUGAGUGACUUAGUUACAGUUUUGACUUAAAUCGGCUUGAACAUCUAUGGCAAGACUUGAAAAUGUCUGUCUAGCAAUGAUCAACAACCAACUUGACAGACUUUUUAAAAUAAUAAUGUGCAAAUAUUGUAUAAUCCAGGUGUGCAAAACUCUUAGAGACUUACCCAGAAAGACUCACAGCUGUAAUCGCUGCCAAAGGUGAUUCUAACAUGUAUUGACUCAAAGGUGUGAAUAGAUAUUUCUGUAUUUCAUUUUCAAUAUAUUAUCAAACAUUUCUAAAAACCUAUUUUCACUUUGUCAUUAUGGUGUAUCGUGUGUAGAUGAGUGAGAAAAAUAUAUAUUUAAUCCAUUUUGAAUUCAGGCUGUAACACAACAAAAUGUGGAAUAAGUCAAGGGGUAUGAAUACUUUCUGAAGGCACUGUAUAUCAACUAUCAUCAUAAGAUGCUAUCAUGAAUGAGAAGGUUUACUGUGAAAUCAUACAGGCACAUUUUCUUUUCCCUAAAGGUUAGCUGAAAAACCAUAAAAGAAAGACCUAAGAUGGUUCCUAUUCACAAACAAUAACAACUUGUUUUUGUUGGGGGGGGGGUUUUCAGCUUCGACCCCAGGAUAAAGGUGUUCACCAACGGUUCUCUGGCCAUCCAGGCCAUGACAGAGAAAGACGAUGGGGACUACCUGUGUGUGGCCCGAAACAAGAUGGGGGACGACUACAUGCUACUGAGGGUUAACGUGCUGACCAAGCCGGCCAAGAUUGAGCAGAAGCAGCUGCUGGCCAGUCAGAAGGUCUGUCUUUUGUCUUAGUUUUCUUUAUGUAAAUAAUGGGAGCGUCCCAAAUGGCACCCUAUUCCCUGUAUAGUGCACUACUUUUGACCAGAGCCCUAUGGGCCUUUGUCAAAAAUAGUGCACUAUAUAGGGGUUAGGGUGCCAUAUGGGGCACAACCGUGGUGUUUUUAAUGUGAUGUUUUAAUGUGUUAUGUCAUGCAUAUUUUUCGGUUGAUUUUCUGUCUAAUAUAAUAAUAAUAAUAAUAAAAAAUUAAUUGUAAAGUGGUUGUCCCACUGGCUAUCAUAAGGUGAAUGCACCAAUUUGUAAGUCGCUCUGGAUAAGAGCGUCUGCUAAAUGACGUAAAUGUAAAUGUAAUGUACGAUUGGAUAAAUAAUACAUCUUUUUGAAUUGGCAUUUGAAGGUGAUGUAUGGAGGAGACCUGAAGGUGGAUUGUGUAGCAUCUGGCCUCCCCAACCCUGAGAUCCGCUGGGCUCUGCCGGACGGCACCAUGAUCAACACACUCAAACAGACGGAUAGUAGGGUUAGAGGUGGGCGCAUCCGCAGGUACAUGGUGUUUGUUGAAUCACAUCAACUUUACACAUACCGUAAUAUGUUAUUGAAUCACAUUAACUGCACAGUCGAUAAGAAUAACAACACUAUUUUCAAACAGUCACCCAACCCCUCCCACCCCCCAGAUAUGUGGUGUUCGACAACGGGACGCUAUACGCCAACGACGUGGGGAUGAGAGAGGAAGGAGACUAUACCUGCUACGCUGAGAACCAGAUAGGGAAGGAUGAGAUGAAGGUUCACGUCAAGGUCGUGGCGGACCCUCCGAUCAUCAGAGACAAAACUCAAAGCCCUGAAGUCAUCAGGGUUCUCUAUGGGGAGACCGUGUCACUGAAGUGCACCUCCAAGGGAGAGCCGACCCCAGUCAUCACAUGGCUCUCCCCUACUAACCGGGCCAUUGCCUCCUCCUCCGAUAAGUACCAGGUCCAUAAUGAUGGUACAUUAGUGGUCCAGAAGGCUCAACGCUUUGAUGCUGGUAACUACACCUGCACAUCUAGAAACAGUGCCGGCCAGGACCACAAAGUCACCAGGGUGGACGUCCUUGUGACGCCGCCAACCAUAAACGGACUGAGAGGUAUGGUCAACACUAGAGUGACGGCUAUAAGGGACCAGCGCACCAUGCUGGCCUGCGAGGCCGUGGGGACACCCAUCCCCCGGGUGACGUGGGUAUUACCAGAGAACAUCAUCCUCCCGGCGCCGUACUACGGCAGCAGAAUGACGGUGCAUCGUAAUGGUACAUUGGAUAUACGUUCGCUGAAGGGGACCGACUCGGCUCAGCUGACCUGCAUUGCACGCAAUGAGGGUGGGGAGGCCAGGCUGAUGGUCCAACUGGAGGUUAGAGAGAUGGUAGAGAGGCCGCAGCUCAGAGGACCCAAAACAGAGAGCCUCUCUCUAACGGUGGGCGGUACCAUGACCCUGAACUGCUCCUUUGAAGGAGGCCCAGCACCCCCAACGGUAACAUGGAUCCUCCCUAAUGGUUCCCCCCUCAUGAGCGGUGCCCAGUUGUCCAAGUUCUUCCACCGACCUGACGGCUCCUUAGUCAUCACUAACCCCUCUGUCUCUGAGAGUGGUAUGUACCGCUGCCUGGUGAGGAAUGUAGCUGGGUUAGUGGAACGUACCAUUACUCUAGCCCCGGAGAGGAAACCAGAGAUCAAUAACCACUACAACUCCCCCAUCAGUAUUAUGAAUGGGGAGAGCCUCCAACUCCACUGUCUCUCCACGGGGGACCCCCUCCGGCUGACUUGGACCCUGCCCAGUGGGGUGGUCCUGGGGCGGCCACAGAGAGCCGGUCGCUACGCUGUCCUGGCCAAUGGAACGCUCGCCAUCCAGCAGGCGUCCGUCUACGACCGCGGCUCCUACGUCUGCCGAGCGGCCAACGAGUACGGCAGCGCCCUGCUCUCCGUGCCUGUCAUCAUCAUCGCGUACCUGCCUCGCAUCACCAACGGCCCUCCUCCCGUGAUGUACGCUCGCCGCGGCGUGGCGGUCCAGCUGAACUGUGUUGCCACAGGGAUCCCCCGAGCUGAGAUUGCCUGGGAGACGCCGGACAGGACGCGGCUAGUGGUCAGCGCCCAGCCACGCCUCUUUGGCAACAAGUACCUCCACCCACAAGGCUCUCUCAUCAUCCAGAACCCCACACAGAGAGACCAGGGCUUCUACAAAUGCACCGCCAGGAACGUAAUAGGGGUUGAUACUAAAGUAACCUAUCUACAUGUGGUCUGAUUAGCCUUAGACAAAUAGGAUUUUCAUCAUAUGCCCAAGAAACUGCCAAAGGAGCUGAGCACAGCCAAUGCUUUUCAUCCAUUCACAUGAUGUUGGAGAGACUUUUAAUCACUGUCAAUGCAAGUAAAGAUACAUUUUCGAAUCGGUAGCUAAACAACCGUGCUACUGUGUAUGCAGUAUCUGUUCUGUAUGUGUCCUGUGCCGUCAUUCAAGCCCAUGUUUCAGCUGCAUUUCAAAAACCAUUUUGUGACAAAGCCAUUUUUCACUCAUCAAAAAACACUUUGGUAUGAAGGACUUUAAUGGAGAGCAAAAACUGUAGUACUAUUAUUUGUAGCAUUUAUACAGACUGUAUAUGAGAGCAUAUUACUUUUCAUGUAGGUUGCUUCUCUUUUCCAUCUCCUGCGCUGACAAUGACAAUUUAUGUCAAACUGUGUAGAUAAGCAUAGCUAAAUAUCUUUUUAUGUUCGAUCGAUGAAAAUAUUCUAAAUUAUAUGCUGUUGAUACAGAAAAUAUCCAACAUUGCUGAGAUGAGGACGAUUUCAGGGGCCUAAGCAACAAUGGUUGGUGUAACAAUUAUGAAUAACCAUCCAUAUCAUCUUACAACCAUCCAUAUCAUCUUACUAUCUUAAUCAAAAGUAUUUUUAAGGACUUGUAACCCUGCUAUUUACAGGAGCGACUCACACAUUACCGUAACUGUGAUUAUUGUACAUGCAAUAUGGUUUAGAUCUGCUUGCAACCCUCAUAAGUGUCAACAUCAGCUCAUCAAAUAAUACUAAUAUGUUUUAACAUGUCCUCAUUAUUAAAUUAUUUGUCUUUAAAAGACUGAUGUAUAGGAAUUGUACAAAUUUUGAAUAAAGAGAAGCUCAAAAUCCA